AGACAGACAGACAUCUGUUAGUGACAGCCGGAGCAGCUCGUGUUCACUGCUCAAACUUUCAGCUUUACGCACACCGGGAGGUAGAGAGAGCAGACACAAGGCGCAGGUGUAAUGGAUGCUCAAGUUACCGGUACAUUUAUGGCGCUGUUUUUGGUCUCUUUGCCCUAAAAGUUGUCCUUAUUGAAAGAAUUGGCGUUUGAAUUUUGUUGAAACUCUCAGUUAUGGAUCGAUUAGAUGAAUGGAGCUUCAAGUCCAAGGGUUUGGAGCUGGAAGAGGAUUUCUACUUUGACUAUGGAGCGGAGGAAAUAACAGAUUAUCAAGACCCCAACGAACUCCUGGCUGCUCUCAAACAAAAGGAGGAAGAGGUUAUUUUGGCAGCCCAGCUGGGAAACGCAUUGCUCCUGGAAAACCGUCAGCUGAAGGAGCAGGGCGAAAAACUUCAUGAACAAUACGCAGACAAACUGGAGGUAAGAAAAAUCCACUUAACUUCACAGAUAGUGACAAGAACUAGAGAAAGAUAGAAACAGAAAGGGACUCCAGCUGAAAACGGAAAAACAAGGUUGCUGCUGACGAUAGAAAUGGACCGUAGGAAAGGAAAAGUGGGCUGUAGCCUACUUCCUUUCCUAGAUCCUAUUGUGGCUUUAGGUAUUAAAACAAAACAUUAGCGUUUCACUUAUCUAAAAGUUUAUAUCAGUUACUUUAGUUUAAAAAAAUCCUUAUUCCUAGACAACAAGUCAAGCAAUCAGGUGGGAAAUUGAGUUUCUUAAAAAACAGAAAUCAUCUUAACCCUUUAAUGCCUUUUGUAUCAUAUUUGAUACAUACUUUAAUAUACUUUUAUCAAAUCAAUAUCAUCAACAAAUAACUAAAAUAACACCUGAAUACAGUCCGAUAAAUGAUAAGAAAUGUCCUCCUUUAGUUUAUUAGUUUCCAAAAACAUCCAAAGAAUCAAACCAGAUAAAUAAACAUAUUUGUUAAAUUUUAAGGACAUUUAAAUUUGGGUUUUUUUUAGUAGUAAGUGAAAUAAACAUUUCAGCUAAAAAAAAAAAAGUGAAUUUUCUGACCUUAAUUUGUGGUGUCAGGCAUUAAAGGGCUUCUAGGAAGUAGUUCUUGUGACACAUACCGUUUAAUUAUUAAAAAGUUAUCAUGAAUCAGAAAAAUAAAUCAUAUAGUCCUCCUAAAGUAUAUCAGCAAUCAAGAAACACAAUUACUCUGACAUAAUUUUACAAGCUGACUGUGUUUACUGGCUGAGGAAGGGACACCAUCAUCCAGUUUCUGUGGAAUUAAACUUUAUUGAUUUUGAUAACACCCUAUGAGACAUCAGCAGUAUAAACACUGACGCAUUAUUCAAACAGAGAGCUGUGCCUAGUGUACAAAACAUAAAGUAAAUCCAAGUAGGAGACAGCGAAGAACUCUGUGAUCUGAAACACAACUUGACUGGUCGUAUCAAGCUGAAGGUCUCAGGUUUCCAAGGUGAAUGCCGAUAUCUCCCUCAGAUGUUCAACUUUCAAUCUUAUCAGCUCAAAAACUCACACUCAGGACAAACCUGAGGUCUGCUGCUGAUGAGUGGAGUACUUUACAAAGUGCAAUAAAGAUGUAGAGGAGACUUAUCUGCUUAAAAACUGAUAGAACGUACAAGACAGACACAUUGUUCAAUACAGUAUCAUUAUGCAACUACUUGAGCCUUUUGGUUAAUCAAUCAUUUUCUGAUAACUUCAAUAAAAAGUCAAAGAAGGAGUUUUUGCUUUAUGUUUUUUUUGCAACAUGAUUAUUUUAUUCUUAAUGAGACAAAGAAAAAGAAAAUACACUACAAAUAAACUAAAAUAAGCUACAGAUCAAAGUAAUGCUGAAUUUUGUAUGUUUUAGAUAUAUAUUAAAACAGAUGUGACUCAUAUUUCUGUUCUCGAGCACCUGGAAACUCAUAAAUCCUCUGUGUAAUCUGAUUUUUUUAGCAUCAAAUUCCAAUUAUCUUUAUCUGUUAUCCGUCCACCCUCCUGUGUGUAGGAGCUGGAGCAGGGAAGGCAUGAGCUGCGGCUGAAGCUGGAGGGCUGCCAGUCCCAGUGGGAGAGCCAGGUGGGGGACCUGGAGCGGGAUGUGAAGGAGCUGAGCGCACAGGUGGAGCAGCUCACUCAGGCCCUCAGCGAGGCAGAGAGGGACAAGAGUCGGGCCCAGCAGGAGCACAGGGAGGAGACGCAGAGGCUCAGGGAGCAGCUACAGGUGGUGAGUCAAGUCCCAUACCUUAACAUCUUCACAUGACCUGUAGUUUAAAGGAAACCCCCCUCUGGCUGUGACGUGGAGGUGAGACUCUGAGAAACACACACCUGCUGCUGUGGAUCCAAAUAUACUGCAGGUGUCUGAGCCAAACAAGAUACGUCAGACUGAAACCCAACGCACGCUUUGAAACUCAAUGUUUUCUGCAAAGCUUAUGUAUCAGUGUGACUCAAUACAAUCUGCUCUAGAGCGAGGCCAGACUUUCAGGCUGUUUAUAGAUACAGAAGAAGGUCAAUACCAAGACGCACUUAUACAAGCUUUAAAAAAAGAAACGUUUUCAUCACGAGAGAGUGGAAGAGCAAGAGUGAGUCAGACAGAAGAUAUAAAGAUAAAGUGUCAGUUUUGUAACAGGCAAAUGAUCUCUGCCAACAUGGAGCAGAAUGGAAACAGUAUGUAAAGUAGAUGGGAAGUGAAGGUGAGUGCCGUGGCCUGAUUUCAGUUCCAGGACAGAGUAGAGAGACACGCAGAGAAGUUUGCAUAGAUACGAGCUUGAACUCAUACUCACUUCAGUCAUGGAUGUUGAUUGGAUUUGUUUAAUCAUUCAUCACUGAAGUCACUUUUGCUUUUUCAGCUAACUUAUUGGCCGGACACUUUAAUGCUGAGUAAGAAAACAGGUCAGAUGAAGGGAUUGUAAACACAGCCACUUAUCGCUCUCCACCCUCAUUGAAGUAUGGUUUAUUAAACCGGUUUAAUUAGUAACAUGAGGUUAACGGUUAACUGUUGUCUGUAGCUGUUAGUAUUACGUCAUGGCAACAAAAAGCUGAUUCAAGUCUUCAUCAGGUCACAUAUUUAUGAUCCUCAACAUUUGAUAUGGAGGAAAUCUGGUACACUGGGAGCAAAACUGAACCUGUGACAUACUUUACAGCCUUUUAUCAGUAAGGGAGCUGACUGGAUCACACAGCUGUACAACCUUGAGUGUUUUUCCAGUCUGAGAGAGCAGGAGAUAUCUUGGUAAACAUUACAAAGUGACGUCGCUCAUGAGCGUAGUGGAGCAACUUUAAAUGAUGACAAACUCGAGCUGACAAAGUUAAAAUUGAAUCCAAACCGACCGCUGACUCCCUCCCAUAAGUCAAGGUCCAGAUAAUAAGGAACCAUGACUGGUUUUCCCCCCACUACAGCGGGAAGUAUACUCCUUUGGAAGUUCAGGAAAAAGUCAAUUAAGAUAAAAGUUGUGUCGUAGUUUGGGCUGUUGAAGGAGAAGGAAGUGGAGAAAAUGUCGGGGAGAAGCGGGUCACUCUAGACUCUUUGUAGCUGUAAAAGUCAGAGUGUGUGAAGAAAGAGAGAAAACGCGUGAAUCAGCUCUAUGUGUGACGAGUGUUUGCCCGAUGUGGUGAAGUCUGCUGGUGCUUCUGUUGCUCUGCUGCCUGUUGGGGUGAGUUUGGUUUCUAUGCCAGUGAUUUCCUCCAGGGUAAUUUACCAUAAUUAUGACUGGAGCACGGGACUUUGUGGUGCGUGUCCUAAUGUGGUUCUUGUACUCUGGAAGUUAACAUCUUUGAAAUGAAUCGUUUCAUUUUGUCCCUUUUUAAGGAGGUAUAAAACAGUUUCAAAUUAGAGCACCUGAAAACAUCUGCAGUUAUCACAAAUUCACUUUGCUGUGCUGUAUGAGGGAGCAAAGGCCAGCUAUGAAAUCAGUACAUGUGCCAUUUUUAUACUGGACUGUUUACUCAAAUUUGUCAGAAAACUGGCUUCAGUAGAGAUUUAGAGGCUACUUUUGGCUUUAAUUUCAUACUCAGAAAUACUUUAGGCUUGGGUCAGUGUACUUUUUGGUCUGCCAGCUUUUAAAGAUGUUAAAUCUUUAAUUGUGAGAGUGUAACUAGAGCCUGACGGGAAUCAGUAGCAGGGCACUGGUUUCAAACCACAGGAACCUGAGAGAGAAAGAGAAAGAGUUUAUCAUGUUUACCCGAAACCCCACAUUAGAAACAAAGCUCCGAUGUGAGAGGAAAGAUUCGCUGUCUCUCUCCAUCCUGGUACAUCUGAGGAAGUGGCUCUGUGAAAACAUUGUCGACAUGUGCCAGAUGGUCACUUGGUCCAAUAGUGCUGAAUGUUUGGCAGUCAGUGAGGGUAAAAUAUCAGGCGGUGAUGAGUGAUGUCAGGGUGUUUUUCUUCUGAUUAUGUCACAAAUGUUUUUAUUCCUGCAAACUGAGACCAAUUGUGGGAAAACUUAAUGAGCCUGUGUUAGGUCUGAUGCAUCUCCUUAUUCAUGAAUUAAUCAACUCUGUGAGUUUUCAACAAAGACAUGCAUACAGUCUGAUUCUGAGAAUUCAGGAGGUUGUUAUGUUUCUGCUCUAGAGGAGAGAAAACAGUAGAUUAAGGCGUUUUGCUGAUUUUGGUUUGACUUGCGCAAGAAAAAUUUCCAUGGCUCGACAUUAUCAGUGAACUAAAAUUCAGGAUAUAAACACAUCAGCUGGAUAAGAACUACCAGGCUGGAAAGGGAGUAUGAUAGUGUAAGCUGGAAAUGUUUGUUUUUGGGCAGAGCCAUUUACUUAACUGUAACUAAAUCAAAAACUCAUGUUCAACAAACUUAUCUAAACACAUGUGACAUUAAAUUUAGUACAACAGCUGUUUGCUUAUAGUUUGUUACGCUACAGUCAGAAGGGAGUCACUGUGUCACCUACUGCAUGAUGCUGAUCAUUUUCCCAGCAGUGUGAUACUCCAACACUGUCGUUGUAUUCUCUCAAAGCUCUUCUCUUAGGGGUUAGUUAUAUAAGCAUGCCAGCUUUUAAUUAGUGCAAACAUUAGUUGCUGCUGUCAACAGGGAAUAUUGGCAAAUACAGCUUGUUAACUGUUUCAUCCCUUGCAGAGGAUUUACACUACAAAUACAGAGACAUUAAGUCUUUCUUUUAAAGAAAUUGAGAAAAUUAAGACAAUUUUUGCAAAAGGGCCAAGAAUAUAUUUUUAUUUCUGUUCAACAGGAAUGCAAUCCUGUUUAGUUUCGGGGCUGAAAAUCAACUCAAACCAACAAUUGAAACCUCCAACUGACUUAUGUCCUUGUUAUAUUCGGACAAGGCAAGCGCUAAAAUAACUUUCGUAGAUGUUGCCAUCUUGUUUCCGCUUCCGAUUUUGCUUUUUUCCGACUUGGUAUCUGAAACGCUGGUAACUUGGGUGCGACGUCAUUUUUAGCUCCGACACCUGACUUCUGAGGUAACUUGAACGCAGCAUUAGUCUUGCAGAUGUGACUCAAAAAUAUUCUGUCAAUAUUUGUUUUUUUGCACUGUGUAUUUUCAUGAACCGUCCUUUUUAAAAGAUGCAACUGCAUGACUCUACCUUCUCCGGUCUGCAUAACGAAAGCAACCUGGAAGAGAAUUCAAACCCUGAUCCAACAGAGCAACUUGAGCAACAUGAACCAAAAAAAGAAAUUGAAAAUAAGAAGCUGUGUCUGCUUUUUGGAGACUUUUCAGCUUCAGUGAAAAACCCCCUGAACAAAAAGAAGUCAAAUGUAAACACUGCAGGGAAACAGGAAAUAUAACCUAUCUGUUUCAACACUUGGAGCACAAUCACGUUAAAGAACGUGAACAGUGUGAGAGAGGCUGAUAAGUGCUCAGCAACAAGUGCCUCCACAAUGGGACUGUCAGUUAUACGCACAUUUACAAAUUCAACACAAUACGCAAAGGUUUCAGGCUGAUUAUUUUAAAAUGGCAAAGAUAAGAUAUGCACUCAAGCGUUUGAUAUCCCAGCUUUAAUAGUUGAGCACACAAACUUUACCAAAGAACCAUGAGAAGAAAAAACAAACCAAAAGAAAAAAGAAAGUGAAAUAUUUGUUCAUGGUCUUUUGUGUCUGGUUAAGAGGGGUGUUACACAAAACGCUCAGGCACUACCUUUUCACUUCCUGCCCUCCACCCAGUGUAACAGGAUCUGUGGCCUCUCCAACCAUGUAUCAGGUUGUGCAUCUGGCUGUGCCUGGCAUUGUUUUAUUGGUCGGCUGUGACGAAUCGCUCACUGUAGAUUUCAGUUAUUGUAAACCACAAUGCCUAAAUUAAGGCAAGCCUGUGUGACCUUUGCCCCCCUCUGCCAGCGUGAGGCAGCUCACAGACAAAAGAGAAAAACAGUUAACAUUUCAGAGAGAUAUAAAUCUUUCAUUUGCUCUUUUGAUAUUCCCUGAAAAUCCCUGGGGAAAGCCGUCUUUCUGCGUGCUCCCUGAGGGGCUCUGCUGUAGCGUGGGUAGUCAGCUGUUGGAUACCUCAGCAUGAGGGGGCCGUAUGAGGGGAUAUCAUCUUUGUGUCUCUACCAAAUGGAGCGUCCUCCUUCCACUCCUGGUUUGGUGAUUCUCAGUGGGUCGCUGCCUCUAUUGUGGAGGGGGCCCAUGUUGACGAGACGGAGCAGCGGUAAUGACGACUCACAAAUGUUCAUCUUUAAGCCCCCCUCCCCAUUUCUCCUCAUAGUGUGUCUGCAUGCCAUGUUUUGUUUUUCUCCACCAGUGCCUGUUUUAGUCUCGUCACUCACACACACUUCCACCGAUAUUAGCCCUUGCGUUGGCCUCACUUCCUCCUGCAAACACGUCCACAUAAGCCGUCCCCUCGGCUUCACCCUCACAGUGUUUACCCUCCACCCACAAUGUUGUCUAAUGUGGCACGAUGAUGUCACAGACCACUCCAAGAUGCCCUCUGCUCCAUCUGUGCGCUCUUUUAUCUUGUAUUAUGUGGCCGUGAUGGGACGUGACAGGGGCCCGCCAAACUGCUGAGUAAGGGGAAAUGAGAGUCCCAGCUAAAGAUUGGGGGGUUGGGUGGUCUGCAGCACAGCAGCACUACACCAAAGAUCCCAAAAGAUAUUAUUUUAUAUUAUAUAUCAUAUUAUUUAGAGACUUAAAGGCUUGAGUUAUGCAUGAUUUGUGUAGUGUGAGUUACAGCUGAGUUGGUUGACAGGUGGGUGCAUUGCAGCUGUUGUCAGGUUGCCUCCGGCUCUUUGUCUAUUUGUCAGUUAGCUGAAAGUUUGAUAGAUUGGCAUAAAAAUGAGAGACAAAAUGUGUGAGCUUGCUGAGACUGCAGCUAUGUAUUGUACAAUCUUUGUAUUACACCUCUGAUCUUGACAUUGACUUGCUUUGUUCAAUAGUUCUACAACACAUCUAGUUUUUUUUUCUUUCUUUUACACUUUGCAUGUUUAAAGAUACCUGACAGCACAGCACAAAGUUAACGGUUCACCAAACCUUUAUCUGUUUAAUCCUGCAUUAUACAGUCUUAUAUAUAUCUGUCUCUGCAAGUUAGCUGGGGAAUUUCAAAAUCUUGUGAUCCCUCAGACCUUUUCCAUUCCUGGGAACCAACUUGAAUUCCUACGCAGGCAGUGCUGAAACCAUGUCUUGUUUUUCUUGCUCAGCAGAGCUCAAAGUAGAAACCAUACCAAACACAUGUUCACUUUCAGUCAUGUAAUCCCUACCUUUAAGGCAGAUAUUGUAAAGACCUCUUCUUAUCUGUUCUGAAGUUACAAGAUUUUAUCUCCCUCUAUGUAUUUGGUUAUUUUUAGAUUCUUCAAUCCAUUAAAGCUCCUGCCUCAGGCAUUUCAAGUCGACUGAUAGAAACAUACUUUCACUUUCUCAAACAUAUUUUGAUAUGAACCCUUUCUGUCUUAAAAUGAUCCCUGUUGAACCCCUUCUCUCUACCUAAGGAAAACAAAAUGCACAGAGAAGGUUCUCCUGCAAAUUAAAAAGCCACAUGUCUUUCUUUAGCCCCUCAUAUUUCGUUCUCAUGUGUUUUCUCUCUGAUGUCUGUUUGUGUCUCCAGGCGACGGAGGUUGAGAGAGCCAUGUCCAGUGAACUUCAAGCUCUCAAACAGGAGCUCCAGCAGAAAGGAAGCCACAAUAGGCCACAGGAUGAGGAGCUGAUCAGUGCCAUGAAAGAGCAGGUAAUGACCAUGAACAGAAACCAACAGAGUAAAUGCAAUGUAUUAAACGGAACCAAAGCUAGCUCUAAAUGAAGCUGCCUGAGGGCUGGGCAUUAACAGUGUAGUAGUCUGCAGGGCAUCGUGUGCUCCCACGGACAGAGUGACCAGAACAGGCUGCACCAGCCAUGAUUGUGUACAUUUUUAUAUCAAGUCAAGUCAAAAGUGCUGCCAGCAACUGGCUCAACUCACUCCCCCUUACUGCCUUUUGACCAAGCAGUAUAAACUUAAAUCUGCGGUGCAUUUUUACCAUUAUAUUUUUAGAUAUAUACCAAGCUUAAUGCCGCAGAAGACAAAAUCUAACAACAGAGGGACUGAAAUGAGGAAAUCACAAUCUACUAAGCAAAUAUUAAGCAAAAUCAGAUUUUUGUCUCUCUUUCAAAUACUGGUAAGAUCUGCUAAUGCCAGUCCAGGUCUAGUUUGGACUUCACUGGUAGAAAGGACAUUUUCCAGGUCUUGUUACUACUUUUUCCCCCUUUUUUUUCUCCUUCCUCCCCCUUUAAUUUGAUUAUUGUUUUCAUAUGCUUAUUUGUUUACAAUUUAUUAACUUAUUUAAACUGUAAAAACCGGAUGGCUGGGAAAAAUGGCACUGCCUUAUUAUUUCUGACAUGUACUGCCAUUCCAAAAAAAAAAGAAAGCAACUUUUCAAACUGACAAAGACAAAAUUCAGCUUGUUUUGCUUUUACACUUGCAACACACUUGUUUUCAUGGACAGCAAAGUCAGGGAAAACAUUAAAUAUCUUUAGCAGCUCUCCAAAUCUCCCCCCCAAAAGUAUGAUUGAUGCAAAUAAAGGGAAUGAUUGGACAAAGUCAGUGAAGAGAAACUGAUAUAUAAGGGUUUGUGUGUGUUUCCAGGUGCUGCGUCUCACUCAAAAGGAGCAGGUGCUUGAGGAGCGUUUGGAGUCCGUGUGUCGAGAAAACACUGAGUUGAGGGCCAGUUUGGCCUCUUUACACACACGCCUGACUCUGCAUGACCAACUCAACCAGCAACACAGCCAGCAGGUACUCAUACACAUAUAUCAUACUAGUAGAACACACAUACACACACAAAAAAGGCAGACAAGGCCACACAAAAAGGCUCGGUUGGUUGUAUGAAUGAGAGAGGCUCAGUAACAAAGGGGAUUUUGUGCUCCCUGCCUGGAUGUUUGGGUUUCGGCGGGAUUGUGGAAAGAAUUUUUAAACAAUCACCUCAUCCCCGUCAUUGUAACUUUGACCCGCAAAUCUGGAUUCCUCUUGUGUCGUUUGGUUUCACGUUGGGUCGGAGGUUGGAAUCUGGCAGGUCAGGAUUUCUCUGACAUAACAACUUUUUGAAAAACAGCAGAUGACACUUUUAGUCUUAUCACAGCUUCCUCUUUUCAUCACCCAAGUAAUUAUCUAAGUAAUCCAAAUCUUCAGGUACAUAAUUCUGUUUAGUUUUAAGCUCCAUCUCUUGUUGUACAUGCUAAUAAUCUCAGAUGGAGGUUUGUACGACAAGUUUUUGUUUGUUUGUUCAUGCCUGUGUUUAUGUUUUUGUCUGCACCUCCUACUGUUUUUUAGCUAACAGAGGCGUGGCAGGAGGCGGAGGCAGCACGGGGACGCUCACAGCAGCUGCAGGCCCAGGUGGAGGAGCUUCAGGAGGAGAUGUCCCUGCAGGAGGCCAGGAGCCAGGGGGACGCCUCCUUGCUGUCUGAGUUAGAGAGCAGCCUGGAGACAGCAGCGUUGGGGAUCGGCAAAGAAGAGGUACUACAACGGCAGGACUCUUGGAGAUUUUUGUUAAAUAUGUCCUGGUGGUCCUGAAUCAAGCAAAGAGCUGCUUGCAUGUUAGAAACAACCUUCCAAGACCUCUGAAGUCUACUCUUAAAAUCUGCUUGGGGUCUGCACAUUGACGAUGCAUUUGCAAACUUCACAUCCCCCAGUAUAAGGCAAAACCAGUGACGGUCAAGUUGCUUUGUUGGCCAGUAUUUCUACUUCUCAAGGGAGGAUGCUGGAAAAAAGCAGCAUCUCUUGUUUUGUAGGACAACAGGAGCUACUUAGCCUGUUAGCAGUCCUCCAAGAAGAGAGGUUGUAAAUCUAACAAAGUCCUGUAAAUUAAACCAGAAACAGUCCACAAAGAUUUUGUCUCAGCAUCUCUCAAUACUGUCUUUGUCAAGUAUCAGCCUUGGGUUGUUUUAUUGUAGUGUUGUUCACGGUGAUUCACAUUUCUUUUCCCUCUAAUGACUGGAAACAAGUGUAACAAAGUCUUCCCUGUCGGUAAUUGUCGAAUAGACGGAAACUCGUACAAAUGUUGAAGUGAGAGGAACGUGCUGACAGAACAGUCUGAGCAGGUUCACAGUGACCGUGGGACUCAUGUUUGACGCCACUACAUACUCUGCAAAGAGAGGGUGUCAAGGUCCUGAUUUCCAGAAGGAGGACACCACAAAGAAACACAAGAUAAAAGGUGUUGCAAUAUACUUCAAAUGAUGUCAGGAGGAGGGCAGAAAAACUGAGUCCUGGUUCUUCCAAUUUCCACUCUCUGGGUUUCUAACGUUACCGUUUUGAUCACGCAGGAAAAUCUGAUAUAUUACUGCACUCAUGAGUCAUCACAAAAUUUCCUGUUUGCUAUUGUGAUAUUGUCAAGUUUCCUGGUCUCACAGUUUUGGUGUGUGUUUCCUCCUAUGUCUGUGGGAAAGCAUUUUAAAUAACAAACAAGAUAUUUCAAAAUGUCCACAUAUUUGAACCUCAGCUGGUUACAGAGAGCAGUGAAGAAGGAGAAUUCUGUUUUUUGGGCAAAAACAAAGACAUAUAGACCAUUGCAUUAUCUUAUCAAGGUUUCUAUGAGACCAUUUGGUAAAGACAGUAUAAAAUGGGUAUAAUCAUGUGAUAUGAUUGACUCAACAACAUUCAAUAAACAUUGAGGUAAUGCUUGCACCACCCAGUUUGUAAAUUCUUGAUACCAGCCAGGCAACGGUGCAGGCAGAAUCAACAUAAGGUGUGCUACAAGGUAACAGAAACGAUAUCCCUUGUUCAAACACAUGUGUAAUCAAAUGAUGGAAAAAAAAAAAACAUGUUAGGAGUCCAAGAGAGCAGCGGAAAGGCAUCUUUCUUAUGCUUGUAUUGGUGUGAAGCAAAAGCAAGUGCUUCUAAAAUAAACAGGAAAGUGAGUCUCAAUAGCCAGUGGUUGCAACUUAGUAUUUGAAAUGAUUUAUUGAAAUAAACAAUAUAAAAAGUUGCCAGCCUUUGGUUAGAUGAGUAGUUAAACAGCUGGUGCGGAAACUCUCCCCUGUUUCCUUGUUCUCUUGAUAUCUAUUAUAAAGGCCAUGACUAUUGUUAUUCACCUUUUCCUCCCAUUUGUUUUAGAUCAAACAAGAAAUGGGGUCCAUCCUUGAGUUACUGCUCCCAGUGGCCCAGCAGCUGAACGGCUCAGUGGGAUCAGAGGUCACGGCAAAUGAAGACACCCUCCAGGCGAUGCUGCUGCAGCUGAGGGGAGUGGCUCAAACACUGGCUCAGGAACGCAGCACUCAGGUAAGCUGUUGUCACGCUGAAUCGCAGAAUUAGUUGGAGAGGAAGGAGACGAAAUACAAAACAAAGACUGACCUUGAUGGAGGCAUUUACACUGUGAUUUUUAUAUCUUCUUUACUCUCAUUUAGAAGUUUUGUGUUUGUGGGUACAUCUUUAGGAAAAAAACAUAUUUCAAUAACAUGUUUGUUUAUUGUAAGCACCCCUUAAAUGAUGGAUUUUACAAUCUAGAGAAUGAAAGUGAAUGUAGAAACAACACUGAGAACAUAAACAUUAAUUAAUUUAUUCAAAGUUAGCAAAUCUACCCCCUAGUGGCUGCUUAAGGCACCAUGCAGUGGAGCUAUGUGUCCUUGUUUGAGCAACAGAUAGCUGACGCACACUGUAAAGCCACUUUUUGCCACGAGCAACCAGGUACAAUUGUCCAUUUGUGUCGCAUGGUGAUUCUAUUCCAUCCAUACCAAUAACAGGUGAUUACCUCGGUAACUAAAUAUUCCUGCCCAUCCCCAUCCUCCCUCCAAGCACUGUGCAAAUAGGCCAAUGCCACAGAAACUUCUUUCUGGUGUAAAUCUUUGUGAAAAGCACAACUGACACCUGAUCCGUCUGUUAAUGUGUCUGUUCCAGGAGCUGAAUUCUGCCUUUGUUGAUGGGGCGGGUGAUCAGUGUGGGAAUCUGAGCGCAGCACAGGAGCUGAGAGAUCAGGUAACGCAGUAAGGAACGGACAAGUAUGUCGGGGAGAAACAGCACCCUAAGGGACCCUUUAUUGAAGCUUUUGACUGUCAGCUCUGACCUAACUGUCUUACUCUGAAACAUCUCAGUGUUGCAAACUGAUACAGUGAGAAUGUAAAAGAAAGCAUAGAUUACGUAAUGUAGUGUAUGACUUAUGGUUCAAAAGAAUAUAUCGAAUUAAUGAAAUUUUAUUUAUAAAUGAAUACUCAACAUUGUCUCAGGUUUUGUAAGGUAGACAAACAAGGCAAUAGUUGUGUUUGUGACCUACAUAGAUAAACAAGUGGAUUUACUGCUGUUAAAAGUUUUUUAUAGAGAUAAAACCUUGAUGAUCUCGUCCUUCUACAGAAUGCCAUGUUGCAGCAGCAGAAUGCAGAGCUGAGGCAGAGGCUGCAAAGCGAGCAGGAGAACACUGAUACUGUCAAACAGGCCAUCAGGGACCGAGAUGAAGCCAUAGCCAAGUGAGAAAACAUUCUUAUCUCAAUCUCUCUCUGCAUUAUAAUAUCUUCAGAUGCCUUUGACAGACCAACUUGAGUUAAUUAUCCAAAGAAAUCUCUGUGAACUACUCAGCAUUGGGAGCUUCUCUGACUGCUAAAGUAACAUGGUUUGAAGUAACAGCUCUUGAUGAGGAUGUGGUUGAAUUGGUUUCAUGAUGUCUUUGUAGGAAAAAUCUGAUGGAGGCUGAGUUGGUGAGAAGUAAAAAUGACAUGAUGUGCCUGAACAACCAGCUAUUAGAAGCUAUACAGCGGAAACUGGAGCUGUCACAGGAGCUGGAAGCCUGGCAGGUGGGUCCCUCUAACAUUCUUAUUCAGCUUCCUGUCCAUCCCUUCAAAUCUGUCUUUUCAAUAAACCAGCCAAAAUCACGCCUCAUGCUGUCACUUUGGAGUGUCUAAGCCAAUCCAAAUUAAUACCUUCAUUUAUGCCGUAAAGACGUAGAUGAAGUAUCCCUAUUUAACCACGCUGUCUUAGUGUCACUAGUGAUCUAACAGGACAAGAUGAAAGUUUCUCUGAUUUUUCUCCCAUUGGGUGGUCAGGGACAGCUGCAGUAAUUUCUCUCCCAGCUCUGUCAGUUUUGGGGAACAUGAGAGGCAGGUGUCUCUUUCUCACAGUCAUUCUGCUGAGUCACUAUGCCAAGCCCAGCCAUCUGCCGGAGGCUCUGAUCUCCCUCACUUGUGGGAAGAUAAUUCAUAUAAUAUGUGGGUAAACACUGAAAUUUAGAUCAUUCACAGAUUCUUUGGAACUUCUGACAACUUCUUUGCUCAGAGGAACAUGUUGCAGUAGAUUGGGAUUUGGCUGCACAGGCAGUAUAUUUUCAUAGGGUUUAUCUAUUUUUGGUUCUGGUCUUUCCAUGACAUUUUUUGUGCCACAAAAAUUCAGAAUAAUGGCAGAAUUCUUCUCUGAGAGCAUAAAAAUCUAUUCAUUGAUACUUCUUAGUGUCAAUAAAUGCGGGCAAAAACAUGUAAGGACGCUGCAACAAUAACAAUAUUCUGGUAAUGUUAAAAUCUGUUUCACAUACAUGAUAAUACAAAGUGUUCUGUCCUAGUAAGACAGCUGAGUGGUGCCCAGACCUCCCAUUCAUUGCCUUCUCCUUCCCUCCUCUCCUCAGGACGACAUCCAGAUCAUCAUCAACCAGCAGCUCAGGUCACAGCAGCAGUCGGAGCUCCCUCAGAAGAAGUCACCCUCCAACGGCAUGUCCUUUUUCCGCAGGCCUAGCAAGGUGACCUCCACCUGGGCACACCAAUCCUCCUCUUCCUCCACCUGGAGUUCAGACUCUAAUCAGGACAAAACUCAAUCUCCAUGGAGGGACUGGUUAAGAAGAGGGAAGGGAGUGCAAUAUGGCAAAUAAUGGACAUUUGGUGUACUGAAGCCCCUGGAGAUAAAAGGGAGUUACAAUUGCAGCUUCCUGUACACCAAAUAUGAUGAAAAGAAGCCAUAGAGACACUUUGAUUUCACAACUGAACAACAGAGCCACUACGAAUAAAGACUUUAUCUUUCAACACUUACCUGAACACAUUUCACUGAGGCUGAGCCUUUAUACCAACUGUGACACUAGCUAUUUCACAGAAUUAUCGUAGAAGCUUUGCUUAAGACUGUAAAUGUUGUGCCUUAAUUUGUAACAUUGUAAAUGUAUGUUUAGGUCUCAGACUUUAUAUAAGGUAUACACAAUAAGUGUACAGAGUAUGUGUUCAGAUUAUUUAAGGUCACAGAUCAAACUAAGAGAGAGGUGUGAUUGCAGCAUUCACGAUCAAACUGUUGUAUUCAUCCUGAAUUUUGUCUUUACAUGCCAAGUUGGAAAAGAGAAUCUCAGUCAUCUUUGCUUAAAAAAAGCUAAGUAUUUAAAAAUGUUGAUUGUUUAAGAAACACUGUUUUCACCUACAAUGGUAAAGCUAUUUUGUAUUAUUAUUUUUGUGUCUUCUCUGAAUGAUAACUUGGUAUGCUAUGUGUUGUUUCUGUGACUCCCUGUUCAGUAUUAAAGCUGUCUAGAACAAACUGAA